GUUAGCCUUGUACUCUUGUAGUAGUAGAUAGUCCAAAACAUAAUUGUUCAAAAUUUAACUAGAAAAUGGCACACAUUUGGAAUCCAAAUGAAAUGUUUACAUAGAUUCUCAGUAUAUACCACAAAAGUACAAAACAAACUAGACAAAAAAAAGUCAUGAAAUUAACACUAGUAAUAGUAAAUUAAGUAUAAAAUAAAGUUCACAUGCAUGUAAGUAAAUUGCAUAUAACAAUUUCCAAAAUCCACAACUUGAUCAUCAUCAACCCCAACAAGAGAACAGAAAUCAACCUAAUCUGCAACGGUCAUAAGUCACACAGUACAUGCAUCCAAUAAGCAAAUAACCAAAUUUAAUCUUACUUUAUCUUCAUAAAUUAGAAUCAAAACCAAGAAUUGCCAUCUAUAAAUACCCCUUAACUUAUAUCACCAAAUUUCACAAUUUAACAUACAAAACAAGUUGUAUUUCAUUUUUACCCAUCAUAAUGGCAAUAACCUUGAUUAGCAAAAAUAAUCAUAAUGUUUUAGUUUUCGCUAUAAUUUUCGGUUUAAUUGGAGCAUAUUAUGGAAACAUUAAGGUAGGAAAUGGGCAAUGCAAUGGUGAUUUGCAAGGGCUUAUAACACAAUGUGCAGUGUUUGUCCAAAAACCUGGUCCACCAAUGGAUCCAUCUUCAGCAUGUUGUAAUGUGUUAAAAAAUAUUGAUGUUGCAUGCAUGUGUACGCAUAUUACUUCACAGGUUGAGCAGCUCAUUAGCAUGCCUAAAGCUAUGCACUGUCUUCAGAGUUGUGGCAAAACCAUGGCUCACGGCUCCAAGUGCGGAAGUUAUACAGUUCCAUAAGCAGGAAAUGAAGAGCAUCUGAUUCAUCUAUGACAUUUUGUUGUUGUAGCAUCUUUCCAUAUGUUUUAGGCUUGUUAUGGUAAAUUUAACUUUUUGUCGCAAGUUUGAGUAGUUACCCUAGUUAAUUUUUCUAAGUAUUUUGGAAAUUUCUUUUAACGCAUUAUGUGUUAGUGUAAUUAGUUUGUCGCUUCAUAUGUAUGAACUUCAAUUAUCUCAGGUGUUAUUGAGUUGGUUUUUAUUACAUCUUCAA